UCAUCUGCGUAAAUGUUCAACCAACAGUAAUUUUAGACUCUCGAAAAACAUUAUUAAAACCAUGGCUAAAACUGAAGUACUUUUUGGAUUGCGAAGUGUUUGUUUGAUUGCAUUUGCAUUUUGUGCAAUUUUUCAUUUAACACUAUCAGAUACGAAAAUUUGUGGAAAAUCUAUAAAUGAAGCUUUAACUUUGAUGUGUGGUGAAAGAGGAUAUAAUACUUAUAAAAACAAAAGAAAUUUUCCUUUGGCAGAAGAUUUGAAUGAUGAAUCAGAAGAAGAUGAUGGCUUUGAUUUUGAUCUAGACCGAUUGCCAUUCUGGACUAGUAUGAGUGCCAACAGUUUAGCCAAAUUGCGACGCAGAAGAAAUGGAAUCUAUUACGAGUGCUGUCUUAAGCCAUGCACCAAACAGGAAUUAAUGACAUUCUGUCGGCCUUAAGAAAAUAGAAAGUAUAUUUAUUUAAAAUGAAUAAUUUAAAAAUAAAA